CUUCUCCAACCACACCAAAGAAACACCUCCGAGCUAUCUAAAGCUCAGAGUUCUCUGCUUCCAGAGAACCCUGCAUCCCUCUCAUCUCCAUCUGCAAGCCUCCGGCGCCUUGCUGACCCCGCACAACAACAGGGCAUACCUCCCAGGAUGAGCCACAGCAACAGGAAGAGCUCCAGGGGCCUUGACCUGAAGCUGAACCUCUCACUGCCGGCAACAGGAGACUCCUCCAGGAGGGCAAUGGCUGACGAGGAGUCAUCCCCGAGCUCCUGCCUGUCGUCAGAGAACGAGCAUGGCCUGCAGUGGUCCAACAGCCCUGAGGCAACGUCCAUGGUGCUUGCUGCCUGCCCUCGCUGUUUCAUCUAUGUCAUGCUCCCCCAGGAUGACCCUCGGUGCCCCCAGUGCAAGAGCCCCGUGCUCCUUGACUUCCUGCAGGAUAACAACAAGAAGAACAACAGCAAUAGCAGCAGGAGGAGCAGGAGGGGAUGAACAAUGAGGUUCCAUUUGGUGGCACAACAAUAUCAAUAUCAAGAAAAAGCGUUAUAUGAAGUCCUAGGUCCAGUAGUUCUAUUUUGUCCCGUUAUUUCUUUAGUGUAACCGUGAUGUAUCUGUACUAAAAUUGCGAGGCGCAUGCACCCAUGUGUUAGUAUCACAAUUUUGAUACGUUGGGGCUAUAUAUUUUGUCUUCGUUUUCCUCUUUAGCGGCUCUAAAUGUAAUAGUUUUGUUUAGGCAUAGGACCAGACUUCCUGUUUUGCUUUUUAUUCGAAGAUAACGAGAAAAGCUUACCCC